AAUGAGGAUGUCACGAAUUCUAAAACAAAGAAUAUACAUUUGUAUGUGAAGCGUGUAUUUAUCUCGGAUGAGUUUGAUGGGGAGCUGUUUCCACGAUACUUGAGCUUUGUGAAGGGUGUUGUGGACUCAAAUGAUCUUCCCCUUAGUGUUUCUUGAGAGACCCUUCAAGAGAGUCGAAUUGUGAGAAUUAUGAGAAAGAGGCUUGUCAGGAAAACAUUUGACAUGAUUCAAGAGAUUUCUAAAAGUGAAAAUAAAAAGGAUUACAAAAAAUUCUGGGAGAACUUCGGCAGGUUUCUAAAGUUGGGCUGCAUCGAAGACACUGGUAAUCACAAACGUAUAACUCCAUUACUUCGGUUUUACACAUCAAAAAGUGAAGAGGAAUUGACGAGUUUGGAUACAUAUGUUGAAAAUAUGAGUGAGAAUCAAAAGGCAAUUUAUUACUUGGCAACUGACAGCUUGAAAAGUGCCAAGACCGCUCCAUUUUUGGAGAAGUUGGUUCAAAAAGACAUUGAGGUUCUCUAUUUAAUUGAGCCUAUCGACGAGGUUGCCAUCCAAAAUCUGCAGACCUUUAAAGAAAAUAAAUUUGUUGAUAUUAGCAAGGAAGAUUUAGAACUUGGUGAUGAAGAUGAGGUAAAAGAGAGGGAUUUGCUCUAUUCAAAUACUGCUGAGACUAAGCUUAGUGCCUUAGAAGCCCUUGCAAAGGCACUGCAAAAAGAGGGGCAUGCUGGAUUUAAAUACUGCUGAGACUAAAGGUGAUGC